GAACAAGCUGGAUUCCCGGAGCUCUUCACCAUGUCUGGCAGGUUUUAGAUACCCCAUGGAGCAAGCAAACCUCUACGAGGUCGCCCCACGGCCACUGAUGACCAGCCUUGUACAGAGUCAGCAAAACCCGUAUAUCUACAAAGACACCGCUGGAGACCUGAGCGAGAUCUGCGAGAACGAGAACUCCAUCGACAUCAGCGCCUACAUUGACCCCUCUGCCUUCAACGACGAGUUCCUGGCUGAUUUAUUCCACAACAGCUCCAAGCAAGAAAAGCUCAAACUGGCGAGCGGAGACUACGAGUACCCCCACGGUGCCAAUGGCACACAGGGGGCCCCGCAGAUGUAUGGCUGUCUGAACAGCUACAUGGAUUCCUCCAAACUGGAACCCAUCUACGACAGCCAUGCUCGAAUGAGACCCGUGGCCAUCAAACAAGAGCCCCGGGAGGAAGAUGAGCUCAGCCACUCGAUGCCACCCACAUACCACCACUCUCAGCACCACGCACCGCAUCUAUCCUACCUUCAGCACCAGAUCGCGCACUGCGCGCAAACCACCAUGCACCUCCAGCCGGGCCAUCCCACACCUCCCCCGACGCCCGUACCCAGCCCGCACCACCAACACAGCCACCUGCCGGGGGGCUCCAUGAAGAUGGGUGAUCGAGGGAAAUCCAAGAAACAGAUCGACAAGAGCAGCGUCGAGUAUCGCAUGAGGAGGGAGCGCAACAACGUAGCCGUGCGCAAGAGCCGGGACAAGGCGAAAAUGCGCAAUGUGGAGACGCAACAGAAAGUGAUCGAGUUGUCGACGGAUAACGAAAGACUGCGCAAGAGGGUGGAACACCUUACGCGAGAACUGGAGACGUUACGGGGCAUCUUCAGGCAGCUCCCAGACGGCUCGUUUGUCAAAGCCAUGGGUAACUGCGCCUAACGGAGCGGGCUGAACUUUUGAAGUAACUUUUGCGUGAUUUUUACGUCUGCUGGAUAAACGCUGACACAUUCUGAAAGUGUUUCUAUAGGAGCCAGGCAGCUGCGGUAUACAUGUGCCUUUUGUACAAAAAAGUGACAAAAACAAACAAACGAUAAGCUCAUCUCUUCAUACAUUUGGACUAGCUUGUUGUAGUAGGUGUAGUCUUUUUAGAAUGUGUUAGCUACGCGAAAUAUAUCAGUGCAGCUAAUGGGCAUGAUUUCACCCUGUCAAUCUACUUUUAUGUUAAGUUACCAGCUUUCCUACUUCCCCCUUGCCCCCUUGGGUUACAUACAAACCUAAAGCGACAAAAAAACUUUCCUGCCAUAGCAGGCUGUUUUUCCACCACCUGCUGCUGCACAACAUUCACUGUAUGAUAUUGUUGAUUUAAUACUUUUUUGCAGGGGGUGUGUUUGUUUCAUGGACGGCAAUAGACAAAAUGCCAAGCAUAGGACUGGAACUCAUUGGUUUUUACUGUGGUAGACUAUCUGUCAUUCAUAACGCAGACUGUAUGCACUAUAUGUCGUCCAAACGCGACCUUUUGAAGCGCAUUGUGAACAUUGUUCCAUGAUUCGGGUACUGAUCUGUAAAACGUCUGUCAGUAUACGCUUUUAGAGUAAACGCUUUGUAUUUAUGCAAUAUGAUUGAUAAAAAUGUGAAAGGGUGCAUAUCUCUAUGCAAUGUCUGUUGCUGUCAUGAGAAUAAUUCCGGUGGACGAUCACCGUGUGCUUUCUCACUGGUUUUGCAGUGAAGUCCUGUCUUGCUCUGUAAGUGUGUGCAUUUCAUGUGAACUUUUUCUUUCUUUUUUGUACAUCAACACUCGAGCAGAGACCUGUUUCAGUGCCUUUUGAGUUUUGCUGUCUUUAUCGUCAUCACUGACUGAACUUGGACAGAAAUACACAGCAAGGAAAAGGAAGCACUUUUUCUUUUUAUUUCUUUUUUUUUUUACAAACGGCAUAUUGCAAAUGUUAUACGAAUGUUUAAUAUGUUUCAGUUUUAAAAUGAACAUUAUAUAUAAAUAUAUAUAUAUAUAUGCUAAAAUGAUUAAUUAAAACAUUGUCUUACAUA